AUGAAUAAAGUUUACUUUCUCUCAUUUCUUGUCAUAAAUGGAAUAGUAAUAAAAGCACAACCUUCGGAUACAUCUUCCCCUACAUCUUCUUCUACAUCAGACUUUUGUACGUACAAUGGAAAAACAUAUCAAAAUUUUGAAACAGUUUACAUUGGCUCAUAUGAUGGAGGAUCAUGUCAGGGUUACUCUUGCAUCAAUGGAAAUUUACAACCAUAUUACAUUGAUUGUGAAGAAAUGUUUAAUACUAGCGCCGGCGGCGAUAACUGUGAAGCAAUCUUUACAGAGGGAGUUUGUUGUCCCGAAUAUGAUUGUUCACAUAACAAUCAAGCUCUUAUCAGCACAAUACCAUUGCAAAAUCCCCCUCUUCCUUUCCCAUCAUCAAAAAAAAGAGCGACAUAUGCAAUAAAAUAUAAGAAAAAGGAAGAAAUAGAAAAUAAAAGUUUCAGUUUGAAUUUUGAAACGAAAAGCUAA